ACUUCCCUGCAAAAUCUGGUUCUCAUUAAGCAGAUUGAUUAAUCUGUUGAAAAUCAAACCCACAAUCUCCGCCUUCACUUCACUAAAAUUUUCAUGUCUUCAAUCUUGCAAAUGUCUCUUUCACUCACAACCCCACCUCUAUCUCACUCUCAAAACCUCUCCUUCUCAAAAACACUAACAUCUCCAAUCCCACUCUUCCUCCGCACCAAACUCUCCAACCUCUCCCUUCACCACCACCACCAAAAAUCAACUAUAAUCCGAAUGGGAGGCGGGCCCAGAACUUACCCAGGUGGGGUCUCCAAGUGGCAGUGGAAACGCAUGCAAGCCAAGAAAGCCAAACAGCUCCUCAAGGCCCGACUCUCCCGCGAGAGGCAAAUAUACGAAAUGCGGAAGAGAGCCGAACUCAAAGCCGCCGUUUCGGAACUCGAACGGCCUUGGGAAGUCGUUGAAAAAGCCCCCACGCUUUUUUCGGUCACCGCCGAUGAACAAGUCAAAGUCUUGGCCGACCGGUUUCAGAGACCCGGUGGGUUUGACCUCUGGACCGAAAAGGAUGGGCCCCAGUUGUUUGAGACCCCUGAUGGCUUACCCUCUGCCAGGUUUUUUCCCAAAGGAGUUGUUCAUAGUGUGAAACCGUACGGACUUAUUGCUUCAGAGAGGAGUCAACUAGAGAGUGAAGAAGAUGAGAACAAAUUUGAUUCUGAAGAGUUGGAUUCUGUGGAGGUAACGAGCAGAAAUAGUUCUGGUGAAAAUGGUAGAAAUUUCAGGAGGAAAGGGAAGAGGAGGAGGUUUAAUAUGGCUAAGAAUUCUGACUCAAGACGAGAUUGAAUUACUAGUUUUUGGUAAUGUUUUUCAAUCUUCUUGAUAAUGGAUUUGUUUUGUUGCAUAUCAAAGAUGUAUACGGAUGAAUGAUUUGUAUAUCCAGACUUUCAUUAGCUCAUGUUGUAAUUAAUUAAUAAGUUCUGAAUAGUUCUUAUGGACUUGCUUUUACAUGGUGUAGUUAGUUAAUUUUACUAGCAAUUUCUGGGAGAUAUGUUUCAACUUUGUUGCUUGGUUACAAUAAUAUGGGGUGGAGUGUACCAAUAGUGUUUAAGCUAUGUCCGGGUGUGUGUUGGAAAAAAUUGAUGGUU